AUUCUUCUUCCUACUAUCCCUGUUAACGGCGGCUACUACGGCUUCAUAGGGAAAGAGAGCAACCAAGCGCCUUCAGACCUUCACUAAAAACCCUAAAUAACAUCAACCCCAGUAACAGCAGGAUCUCUGUUUCUCUCUCUAUAUUUCUGUGGUUUUAAGAAGCUGUCAACUAGAUUUCUUAUUUAGCACAAAUGGGUAGUAAGAAAAGGGGGCCCAAUGCUGUAGAGGAAGUAGAGAAUCAGUUGGAUAUAAGCACUGAUAAAAUUGUUUCAGAGCCUUUGAAGAAGAAAAUGAAAAAAGAGAAGAGAAAAGGAGAAGUCACAGAUGGGUCUGCUGGCCCUUCUACAACUCCUCAUUCUAUUAAACCAAUGGAGAGAAAGAAGAAAAGAAAAGCAUUAGACAAAGAGAGACACCAUUCUGUUUCUGAUAAUCUGGAAUCAAAGCCAAAACCAGUGGGUUCUGUUUCUGAUAAUCCGGAAUCAAAGCCAAAACCAGUGGGUCUGGAACUGAAAGUUGAGGAAACUCGGGUGCCUAAGGCAACUUUGCCGACUAGUGGUUUGCCAGAGUUCCGUCUCAGUGUUUUUCAUGAACUUGCAUCGGCUGAUGGUACUAUAAGAGAAGCAGCAGCUGAAGCAUUGGUAUCUGAUUUGCAGGAAGUUCAAAUAGCAUAUGAUAAGCUUGAGAAUAAGGAACUAGCCGAGGGUGAGUUGAAAAUGGAAGCUAAAAAGGACGACGGCUUGGAUAAUUGUGCACCUUCUUUGAGAUAUGCUGUUCGGAGGCUUAUCCGUGGUGUUUCUUCACCAAGAGAGUGUGCAAGACAAGGGUUUGCAUUGGGUUUGACUAUUUUAAUUGGUGCAAUUCCUAGCAUCAAAACAGAGUCCUUGCUGAAAGUAAUAGUUAAUUCGUUGGAGGUCUCUUCUUCUAUGAAGGGUCAGGAAGUGAGGGACUUUCUUUUAGGUCGCUUGUUUGCAUAUGGAGCUCUUGCACGAUCAGGGAGGCUAACAAAAGAGUGGGUUUCUGAUGAACAAUCUUCUUGCAUCAAGGAGUUUACCAGUUCUCUGAUCUCCCUUGCUGCCAAGAAGCGGUACUUGCAAGAGCCUGCUGUCUCAAUUAUUUUGGACCUGGUUGAAAAGUUACCUGCUGAAGCUUUGCUGAAUCAAGUUCUUGAAGCUCCAGGGCUUCAGGACUGGUUUGAAGGAGCCACUGAUGUCGGAAAUCCCGAUGCAUUGCUUCUAGCUCUUAAAAUGCAAGAAAAAAUUUCUGUUGACUGCAAAAUAUUUGGAAAGCUUCUUCCAUGUCCAUAUAACCGUAGUGCAAUUUUUGCAGCUGGCCAUCUGUCCUCCCUUGCAAAUUGCUUAAAGGAGUCCACCUUCUGUCAGCCUCGAGUUCAUAGUGUCUGGCCUAUUUUAGUAAAUAUUCUCUUGCCCGAUAUAAUUUUACAAGAUGUUGAAUCAGCUGCAAGUUUAAAUUCCAUUAAGCACAAAAAGAAUCGGAAAUAUAGCUCCUCUGAAGAAGAUAUUGAGAAAAACCUUCGAUCCUUCUGUGAAGUUAUUGUUGAAGGAGCUCUUCUUCUGUCAUCCCAUGAUCGUAAGCACUUGGCAUUUGAUGUUCUGCUUCUUCUCCUACCAAGGCUGCCUGCAUCUUGUGUCCCGAUUGUUCUGUCUCACAGACUUGUUCAGUGUCUGAUGGAUAUACUUUCGACAAAUGACUCUUGGCUGUACAAAGUAGCACAAUAUUUUCUAAAAGAAUUGUCAGACUGGGUCAAGUAUGAUGAUGUUAGAAGAGUAGCUGUUAUUGUGGCCUUGCAGAAGCACAGUGGGAAAUUUGAUUCCAUCACUCGUACAAAAACAGUUAAAGAUUUGAUGGCAGAAUUUAAAACUGAAUCUGGGUGCAUGUUGUUUAUUCAGAAUCUAAUGAAUAUGUUUCUGGAUGAAAGUCAGAUUUCAGAGGAACCUUCUGAUCAGAGUCAAACAACAGAUGAUAACUCAGAGAUAGGUUCAAUAGACUAUAAGGAUUCUGUUGGGACACUAGGAACUUCAGAUUUUUUGAAAAGUUGGGUUGUAGAUUCUCUCCCUAGUGUUUUGAAGCAUUUGCAUCUACAUCCUGAAGCAAAGUUUCGGCUGCAAAAAGAAGUUUUGAAGUUUUUAGCUGUUCAGGGUCUAUUCUCUUCAUCUCUUGGCACUGAAGUGACAUCUUUUGAAUUGCAAGAGAAGUUUAGAUGGCCAAAAGCGGCCACCUCAAGUGCUCUUUGCAGGAUGUGUAUAGAGCAGCUCCAAUUGUUGCUAGCAAAUUGUUAUGUCCCACACCAUGCUCAAAAAGGAGAGGGACCUCAUGGGGAGGCAAGUGGCCUUGACACAAAAGAUCUUGGGUCUUAUUUCAUGCGAUUUCUAAGUACAUUAUGCAACAUUCCGUCAGUGUCACUCUUUAGGGCUUUGAGCAAUGAGGACGAAAAGGCAUUCAAAAAAUUGCAAGCCAUGGAAACCCAACUAUCUCGAGAGGAAAAGAAUUGUGGGCUCAGCACUGAUGUAAAUAAAUUGCAUGCUCUGAGGUACUUGCUUAUCCAGUUGCUGCUGCAAGUUUUACUUAGACCGGGGGAAUUCUCAGAAGCUGCCUCUGAACUUAUUAUUUGCUGUAAGAAAGCCUUUGCUACUCCUGAUCUUCUUGACUCCUCUGGAGAAGAUGAACCAGAUGGUGAUGGAACGCCUGAGUUACUGGAUGUCCUUGUGGAUACAUUACUUUCAUUGCUCCCACAGUCGUCUGCUCCAAUGCGUUCUGCUAUUGAGCAGGUUUUCAAGUAUUUCUGUACUGAUGUUACGGAUGACGGACUGCUUCGGAUGUUGAGGGUAAUAAAGAAAGAUCUGAAACCAGCUAGACGUCAGGAUACAGAUAGUGAAGACAAUGAUGAUGAUGAUGAUGAUGAUCUUCUCGGUAUUGAAGAAGCUGAGGAAUCUGAUGAAGCUGAGGAAUCUGAUGAAGCUGAGGUUGGUGAAACUGUUGAAAGUGAGGAGCAGACAGAUGACUCCGAGGCAGUAGUUGGAAAGAAGGCUAUUGGUAAUGAACUUCCUGAAGCUUCUGAUGAUUCUGAUGGAGGUAUGGAUGAUGAGGCCAUGUUCCGGAUGGAUUCUUAUCUUGCACGAAUUUUCAAAGAGCGUAAGAACCAGGUUGGAGGUGAAACUGCUCAUUCGCAGCUUGUGCUCUUCAAACUUCGGGUGCUCUCUCUGCUGGAGAUUUACCUACAUGAGAAUCCAGGUAAGCCCCAGGUGUUGAAGGUGUACUCGAACCUGGCCCAGGCAUUUGUUAACCCACAUACUGCAGAAGGGAGCGAGCAGCUUGGUCAGCGUAUAUGGGGAAUUCUGCAAAAGAAAAUAUUUAAAGCAAAGGAUUAUCCAAAAGGUGAAGCCGUGCAACUAUCUAUUCUUGAAUCUCUGUUGGAAAAGAAUAUGAAGUUGGCAUCAAAGCCCUUCAAGAAAAAGAAAUCUGCUGCCAAUCCAUCAAAGAAAAAGCAGUCAGCCUCCUGGAAUCGGCACAAAAUGAUUAUAUCCCUUGCUCAAAAUUCAACUUUUUGGAUUCUCAAAAUCAUUGAUGCAACAAAUUUUCCAGAGUCUGACCUGCAGCGGAUUUUUGAUAUAUUCCGGGGUGUUUUGGUAGCCUAUUUUGAUAGUAAAAAGUCUCAAGUGAAAUCAGAAUUUUUGAAAGAAAUAUUUAGAAGAAGGCCGUGGAUUGGGCAUCAUCUCUUUGAAUUCCUUUUGGAGAAAUGUACCAUUUCAAAAUCGGAUUUCCGGCGAAUUGAAGCACUUGACCUGGUGAUUGAAAUAUGGAAGUCGCUGGUUUCUGUUAGCACUGAUGAGUGUGGCCACACUGCAUCAAAGAAAAUUUUGAAAAGCCAUCUUCCAAAACUCUCUCAUCUGAUAAAAGAGUUGGUGACAAAUAGGCCCGAAAAGCAGUCUAGACGGGCUGAAGUGCGCAAGUUCUGUGGCAGGGUCCUUGAAUCCCUUUUGGAGAAAUGUACCAUUUCAAAAUUGGAUUUCUGGCGAGUUGAAGUACUUGAGCUGAUGAUUGAAGUAUUGAAUGCGCUGGUUUCUGUUAGCACUGACAAGAAUGGCCUCACUGCAUCAAAGAAAAUUUUGAAAAGCCAUCUUUCAAAACUCUCUCAUUUGAUAAAAGUGUUGGUGACAAAUUUGCCCGAAAAACAGUCUAGACGGGCUGAAAUGCGCAAGUUUUGUGGCAGCGUCUUCCAGAAUUUAACAACCCUUAACUUGGCUGCAUCAUUUUUUAAAGUUUUAGAUUUGAAUGCUCAUGCUGCUUUUGAAUCUCAACUUGGUGAGCAAUUUCUUGCUCUGAAGAAAUUGGAACAUUGAAGAUGCAGGAUAAAUUUGCUGGAAAGCUUAACAAAGGCGGUAAUUUUAUCUGUUUAAAUUUUGAAAUGCCUUUCAAUUUUUGACACCAAUUACAAGUAGAGGAUAACGAGAUACCAGUAAGGGUUUCUGAAUUCUCAAUCGGAAAUUUCAAACAGCAUUCUUAUGGUGGCAUACUUUCUGGUGGCUGCAGCAGAUCCUAUUCUGUGACCUUGGAAGAAGCUUUCAGUUUUUUUAAGAAUUCUUUGUUGGUGAAAUUUUUGUAAGUUGUACCCCCUAGUCUCUAGUUUUACUUCUGUGUCAUGGUGGUUCUUCAUACUGGAAGAGUUUUGAUCAUGGUAAACUUUUGGAUUGUUCUAUUCUCAUGUGCUUCCUUUUCUUUUAUUAUAUCCUUUUGAUACGAAUUGUUAACCUUUAACUAUCAUAAAAUGUAUAUUAGGCAAUUUCAAAUAUUUGUGUUUGAAGUCCGGAUUAACUUGGUGUAAGAAUGAUUAUUCUACAAAAGUUAUCCACAUGUAGGAUUUGAUGCUAAA